GGCACGUGAUUGGUGACGCAGACUGAUACAGGCAGCGGCAAGUGGAGUCUGAGUAAACAUGGCUGCGUUUUACAAAGCUAGAAAAGCCCUGGCCCGGUUUGUCAGUGGCUGCAAGUCUUUCUCAUCACUUGCUGAGCUACCAGAGAUGCACCAGAUGAUGAGACAGACCUGUAGAGACUAUGCAGACAGAGAGCUGGCUCCAAUAGCUGGCAAAUUAGACAAGGAACAUCUCUUUCCUGCCCAACAGGUUCAUGAGCUGGGUUCAAUGGGGGUGAUGGCUGUUGAGGUUCCCGAGGAGCUGGGAGGAGCAGGGAUGGAUUACCUGGCCUAUGCCCUGGCCGUGGAGGAGAUCAGCAGGGGCUGUGGCAGCACGGGGUGUGUCGUCUCAGUCAACAAUUCUUUGUACAUCGGGCCCAUACUGAAGUUUGGAACACAGGAGCAAAAGGAACAGUGGAUUACUCCCUUCACGACCGGAGAGAAGGUUGGCUGCUUCGCACUGAGUGAACCAGGUAAUGGCAGUGACGCGGGCGCGGCGUCCACCUCCGCCAGACAGGAGGGAGAUGAGUGGGUCCUGAACGGUACUAAAGCCUGGAUCACCAACAGCUGGGACGCCUCGGCUGUCGUCGUGUUCGCCAGCACUGACAAGUCGCUCAAACACAAGGGUAUCAGUGCAUUCCUGGUGCCCAUGCCUCACCCUGGACUGUCCCUGGGGAAGAAGGAGGACAAACUGGGCAUCCGAGCAACCUCCACGGCCAACAUCAUCCUGGACGACUGUCGGAUACCCCUGGGCAACAUGCUGGGCUCCCCCGGGGCCGGCUUCAAGAUAGCCAUGCAAACCCUGGACAGUGGACGUAUAGGCAUAGCGUCCCAGGCUCUGGGAAUUGCUCAGGCUGCGCUGGACUGUGCUGCAGACUACGCUCACAAACGCACUGCCUUUGGCGCUCCCAUUGGCAAACUGCAGGCUGUUCAGUUCAAGCUGGCAGACAUGGCUGUAGCUGUUGAAAGUGCUCGUCUCCUCACCUGGAAGGCUGCAAUGCUAAAAGAUGCCAAGAAACCCUUCACAAAGGAAGCAGCUAUGGCUAAACUGGCAGCGUCUGAAGCCGCUACCUUCUGUAGUCACCAGUCAAUCCAGGUUCUUGGGGGAAUGGGUUACGUGACGGACAUGCCCGCAGAGAGGCACUACCGCGACGCCAGGAUCACCGAGAUCUACGAGGGCACCAGUGAGAUCCAGAGGCUGGUGAUAGCCGGCCAGCUGCUUAAGGAGAACGCGCCAUAGAGGCACAAAGUGGCAGGCUGUUCUGUAUACGUAGUGCAUCUGGAGAAAUGUCUGUGGGCCUGGGUGGUGCACUAUAUGGGGUGAGGGAGCCAGUUCAGCUUGUCCUGUCACAGCCUCUACACCGUGGCUACGCUCAGGACCGUUCUUCAGCCUGGCAGCUACUGAACUGAAGACAUGCCAGUCUUGAAGACAGUCUCACACUGCUUUGGGUAGUAUUUGUUUCUAACUGCAGAUCCAGGAUAAGAUGGCCCAAUGUCUGAAUCUGAAAUGUUGUGGAGAAAAACCUCUAACUCUGCACUAGUGGAUAAAAACAUGUUCAUCUACCACCCCAACAGGGACACAACCAGGCCUGCCUUCAGGAAAGUGUGGAAACACCCUGCAGCCUUUAUCGUACCCAGUGUUGAAGUCAACAUAUGAAUAUAUGCAUCUUCCAUUCUGCCUUUUAUUUAUUGUCUGCUAAUGGUUUCGGUUAAGACUAUGUUAGCUAGCGGAUUCGCAUCCUUAUUCCAUGUAGGUUGAAGAGGACAUGGUUCUUUGUUCUGUCCAAAUCAGGAAAUGCACUACAAAACGUUGCCACCACUCUUUAACAUACAUAGACACAUUUCAGCUCUGUUCAUGGGAUUUCUACAGUGUCUGGUAUGUGCUGAAUACGCAGCUACAUCUUUCCUAACUUCUAAACUUGUUUUCUGUGUGAUAUCAGGUGCCUAUUUAAGCCACAUGAGGGCAGUAUAGUGUCUUUAUUGUUCAGCCUUCACCAGUGAUAUCACAAUAAUCCCGUUUCAACACUUGGCCUCACUACUUGCUCUUUUCAUUGGUAAUAUUUGUUAAUGAAAAAUUUUAGUUAUAAACAGGAAUUCCACUGUAAUGUUUUAACAUUACCAAUGAAAGAUUAGGCUGUCAUGUUGAAACAGGAUUAAUGAUUAAAGCUGGGGAGAUUUAUUUUAGCUGGGGAGUAUUGUAAGAGUUUGUUUUCACACAAUUUCUUUUGGCCUGGGAACUGCAACUACUGGAAAGUGGUUAAUUGUUCAGCAUGUUUUUAUCCAUUUGGUUAUAAGGGUUAUUGCAUUCAAUUUUUUCUAUCAGUUGUAUAGUGCGAUCUCUUCAGAUGAGUGCAAGCUGUCUAUUCACAACAUUGGCUAACUAGAGGGUGUUGGGCUGUUUAGUGAAUUCAUAGGCUGUUCUUACAGUGAUGCUGCUUGCAUCCCAAGCUUGUGCCUUAACAUAAGCUGUCAGUGUACAUAUUUUAUCAUAAUUCAAAUUGUUUCAAUUAAUUAAAUUAUAAUUAAAUUAAAACAAGGUCACAAGAAUGUAUUCCGCAUUGAUGUAAUAAUGUUGACAACUUAUAAUAUUUGAGUAUAAACCUUGCCAAAGAGAUGGCCAAAUCAAGCAUA